AUGACUAGCAACAACAAGCUUUCCCAAAAUUUAGAAAAUGUGUUGUCUGUCAAAGAUCAAAGGAGACAGAAUUUUCAUUCAAAGGUUUCAUCAAGCAAUGAGAAUCAAUUCAGAACUGAGGAGUCGUCAAAGAAGCCAUUUAAAGCUUGUUACAAGUGUGGAAAACCUGGCCAUUUUAAACGAGAUUGUCGGGUGAAAGUGCCAACAAAUGUGACUUCAGCCGUACAUCAAGAUGAUGUCUCUGCAAAUGCUCAUGUCUUUAUAGACUACAAUGAAGAAUGGAUUGUCGAUUCUGGUUGUUCUUAUCAUACAAUUGGAAACGAAACUGAGGAACUGAAGAAAACGAGUGAUCAACUGAGUGCAUCUGAAUCACACAAAAAGCAAGCCCAACAGGAAGCAGAAGAAGCAAAGAAACUAUCAAAUAUGUCUGCAAAGCUUGAAGAAUUCAUUAUCAUGGCUGACCAAGAAGCUGUUGGGGGCGCUACUGUUUGUGUUUGCAACCCUGCAUGCUCUCCAGGAUCCAGGAGCUCUGUGGUUUUAUGCAAGGAGUCCCCCGAUGAAGAGCAUGGUAGCGAUGGUAGUGAUCAUGAAUUCUCAGGCGAGCCAACAUCGUCUCAAGGCUCGGGUUCUGAAAAUUUUGAUUCUGGCGUCUCUGAGGGAAUGAAUUGCCUAUCUUCUAAUGCAGAUUAUUAUGAUGUUAUUGUCGAACAGAAGAUUAAAUCAGAAGAAAUAGGGAAAUUUUGUAUGACAAAGAGGAAGAAAGAACAGAAUGAAGGUAACGCGGAUUUGAGAUCUUCCAAAUAUCAAAGGUCAUUUGUUCCGGCAGAAACUACCAAUCCCCAAUUGAAUUCCUGUGCUGUAAAUGAGGACGAAGAGAAGAGGAAGGUGAGGUUGAUUAGGAAUCGAGAGAGUGCGCAGCUAUCCAGGAAAAGGAAAAAACAAUAUGUGGAGGAGUUGGAGGACAAAGUGAGAAUCAUGCAUUCAACCAUUGCUGGAUUGAAUAAUAAGGUAUCGUAUAUGUUGGCUGAGCAGCUCUGA